AAAGAUGGCGCACAGCGGUCGGUGGCGCUUCCCGGCCCGGCCCGGCAGCGGCGGUGGGGGUCGCCGCGGGCUGGGGGGCUGCCGCGUGCGGGUCCCGGCCCCGCAGCCUGCGCGGGGACUCUCCCGAGGAGCGGGCGGCGGGCGGCGGCGGCGAGGAGCUGCGGCGGCGGCGGCGGCGCUGGCGGGAAGCGGCGGCAGCGGAGGGGGCGGGGCGGGCGGCCCCUCCUCGGCCGCCGCCCCCUCGCCGCAGCCCGCCGCCCCGCUCCCGGCCAGCGCGGGGGUGGCGCCCGGCUUCGACGCGGCGCUCCAGGUCUCGGCCGCCAUCGGCAUCAACUUGCGCCGGUUCCGGGCGGCCUGCGGGGCCGAGGCGGGCAGCGGAGAGUAUGGCCUCUGGUGUUUCCAUCCAAGGACUAGACAUAUUCAGCCCUGCUUAAGUCAGCCAAGCUACCCCAUGGCUGAUGAGCAAUUUUUAGGUUUUGGCUCAGAUGAUGAGGCCAAAGGAACCAAUUCCCCCAAGUCCCUUGCAGUCUCAGUCAAAGCUAGUGCACGUAAACCUCGUGGGAGACCUCGGAACGGUUCAGACCGAAGUCCAGCUGCUCUACCAGAGCCCUUGCCAAUAUAUUCACCUUCAAGCAAGCCAGAACCUACAUCCAUGGAAAAAAUAAAAAGGAAAGAAUUUAAAAGUGGAGAAAAACGGCGAGGGAGACCUCCUGCUCUAACCAGUGUGAAAUUCAAGAUCAGCCAUAAAGAGUGCAUUCCAGAUGCUCAGAAAGGAGGGAAGGAAGAAAAAGAGAAUGUAAAGAAAAUAAAGCGGGCACCAUCAGCUACCUUUCAGCAUGCUGCAAAAAUUAAGAAAUUAAGAACAGGCAAACUCUCCCCACUGAAGUCUCAGUUCAAGUCCGGGAAGCUCCAGAUUGGGAGGAAAGGGAUUCAGAUUGCCCGCAGGAGAGGGCGGCCACCAUCUUCUGAUCGCUUGAAGACCAUGCCAGCUCUUGUAUGUUCCCAGCUGGAGAAAGUCCAGAGGGCGCGAAAGGAGAGAGAGGGUGUACCAUCUCUCCCCAAAGAUGAAAAGCCAAUAGUUAGACAGAGCCCUCGCAGACCAGUAAGGAUGAUUCCUUCUUGCAAGAGGACAGAUGCCACAAUUGCCAAGCAGCUCUUGCAGAAGGCAAAAAAAGGAGCUCAAAAGAAAAUGGAGAAAGAAGCAGCAAAGCUUCAGGGCCGGAAGGGGAGGACUCAGCUCAAAAACAUUCGGCAGUUCAUUAUGCCUGUGGUGAGUGCCAUCUCUUCACGAAUAAUUAAGACUCCCAAGCGUUUCAUUGAAGAUGAAGACUAUGAUCCGCCAAUUAAAAUAGCACGCUUAGAGUCUACCCCAAACAGCCGCUUCAGUGCUACCUCUUGCGAGUCGAGCGAGAAGUCCAGCGUCGCAUCUCAGCACUCCUCUCAGCUAUCUUCAGAUUCCUCACGGUCCAGCAGUCCAAGUGUUGAUACAUCCACAGAUUCACAGGCUUCCGAAGAGAUGCAAGCUCUCUCAGAAGAAUGCAACAAUACUUCAGAAGUCCACCCGUCCCUGCCAGAGUCCACCUCCCCUGAUAAUGAGGGUACUGAGCAGAGAAGGAGGAGGAGGUUUUCAAUGGCAGAGAAAAAUUUUGCUCCCAAAGCAGCUAAGAAGCUGCCCAGCCUCCAAAGUGUGUCUCAACAGCAGUCAUCUUCUUCUUCACCUCCCCCCCCACUGCUUACCCCACCUCCACCCCUGCAGCCAGCAGCAGGAAUCUCCGAUCAUGCGCCAUGGCUCAUGCCUCCCACCAUUCCCUUGGCAUCACCCUUCUUGCCAUCUUCUGCUGCUGCCCCCGCGCAAGAGAAGCGGAAGUCAAUCCUCCGAGAACCGACGUUUCGUUGGACUUCUCUGAAGCCCUCCCGGUCUGAACCCCAGUACUUUUCCUCUGCCAAGUAUGCCAAAGAAGGUCUUAUCCGCAAGCCGAUUUUUGAUAAUUUCAGGCCGCCGCCCCUGACCCCAGAGGAUGUGGGCUUUGCUGCUGCUGCCGGCUUUACCCCUCCUGGGGCCACGGCUCCCACCCGCUUAUUUUCUCCUCUUCAUUCUGGAACAAGGUUUGAUCUACACAAGAGAAGUCCCCUGUUGCGAGCGCCAAGGUUCACCCCCAGUGAGGCGCACUCACGCAUCUUUGAGUCUGUCACAUUGCCUUCUUCAAUUAGUCGAAGUGCUGCGGGAAGCGCUACGGCAGCAGCAGCUUCUUCAAGGAAACGAAAGAGGCGAGUGUUCAGUCCAAUUCGAUCUGAGUCGAGAUCUCCUUCGCACUCUAUGAGGACAAGAAGCGGAAGACUCAGCACCUCUGAGCUGUCCACACUCCCUUCGUCCUCCUCCGUCUCUUCUUCCCUAACUAGCAUUUCUGUCAGCUCCCUUGCCACUAGUGCCUUAAACGCCACCACGUUCACUUUCCCUUCGCAUUCCCUGUCCCAGACUGGGGAAGCAACAGAGAAAAGUCAGAGACCGAGGAAGCAGACAAACCUUCCUGCCGAGCCAUUCCCAUCCAGUGGCACUGCUCCCCUUUUUCCUUGGUUCGCACCAGGUCCACAGACAGAGAGGUCCAGGAGCAAAGAGAAAGCUGCUGAGGAGCCGUCCAAAGACAAAGAAAGGGACAACAGUCCUGAGAAGGAGAAAAGCCGAGAAAGAGAUCGAGAUAGGGAGAAAGAAAACAAACGUGAGUCGAGGAAAGAGAAGAAGAAGAAGGCUUCAGAAAUCCAGAGUAGCUCUGCUUUAUUCCCAUCAACUCGAGGUUCUAAAGGAAAGGUUAUUGUCAGUGAAGAUGUAGCAACCUCAUCUUUUGCCAAAAAACCUGCAGGACGGAGGAAACUAACUGCCCCUGAUCCAGCAGCAGAUGUUCCUGCGGUAGUUCUUGUGGACUCAGCUAGCAUAAAGACCAAGUUACCCAAGAAAAUCCGAGGGGGCUUGGAGAAAUCAAAUCUGGACCUUGGCCUGGCAGCCUCUUCUGCAGAAAAGGAAGAAUCUUUGCGUCUUCCUGCUGCCUCACUUGGCAUUGUGAAACAUUCGUCCAUCAGCUCAGUAUUGGCUCAUGCUGAUAAACUUCCAAUGACUGACAAGAGGGUAGCCAGUCUCCUGAAGAAAGCUAAAGCUCAGCUCUACAAGAUUGAGAAGAGCAAGUCCCUUAAACAGGUGGAUCAGCCCAAAGGACAGGGUCAAGAGAGUGAUUCCUCCGAAACCUCUGUGCGAGGUCCACGCAUCAAGCAUGUCUGCAGGAGGGCAGCCGUAGCCCUGGGCCGCAAACGAGCAGUCUUCCCAGAUGACAUGCCCACCCUGAGUGCCUUACCAUGGGAAGAACGGGAGAAGAUACUGUCUUCCAUGGGGAAUGAUGACAAAUCCUCUGUUGCUGGAUCAGAAGAUGCUGAGCCCCUCGCACCUCCCAUCAAGCCCAUCAAGCCAGUAACCAGAAACAAGGCCCCUCAGGAGCCCCCUGUGAAGAAAGGCCGGCGGUCGAGACGCUGUGGGCAGUGUCCAGGCUGCCAAGUCCCAGAAGAUUGUGGCGUCUGCACAAACUGUCUGGAUAAACCCAAAUUUGGUGGGCGGAACAUAAAAAAGCAGUGUUGCAAGAUGAGGAAGUGUCAGAAUCUGCAGUGGAUGCCAUCGAAAGCUUAUCUCCAGAAGCAAGCCAAAGCUGUGAAAAAAAAGGAGAAGAAAUCCAAGUCUGGUGAAAAGAAAGACAGCCACCUGGGGAAAGUUCAGGGGGAGCCAGGGCAAAAAGCAGCAGCUCCUCCUCUGGCUUUGGGGAAAGAGGAUCAGGCCUCCAAGAGAAGCAGCGAACCAGCCCGGAAGGCCAGUGAAGGAAAGAUAGAGGAAGGGCAGCUGCCGCCACCUGUCCCAGACCCCAAGCAGCCUUUUCCCUCUGCCACCCGGAAAGCUGGCAAACAAGCACCGCCUGCCUUGCCCCCUGUCCAGCUGCCUAACUCAGGCCCGCCCAAAAAGGAAGCCCCCAAAACCGUCCUGGCUGAGCCGAAGAAAAAAGUAGCACCAUCCCUGGAAGCAGCCAUUGAGCAAAACAGACAGAAGAAAAUCAUUCCACGUCCCAGCUUACCGGUGAAACAGAAACCAAAAGAAAAGGAGAAGCCCCUCCCAGUCAGCAAGCCAGAGAAUAGCGCGCUCAACACCCUGAGCCCUUUAUCCAACAACACCCCUUCCAAGCAGAAGCCCCUGACUGACGGGGUCCACAGGAUCAGAGUGGACUUCAAGGACUGUGAGGCUGAAAGCGUUUGGGAAAUGGGGGGUCUGGGUAUCCUAACCUCCAUUCCGAUAACUCCCAGAGUAGUCUGCUUCCUGUGUGCCAGCAGCGGGAACGUGGAGUUUGUCUAUUGCCAGGUCUGCUGUGAGCCUUUCCACAAAUUCUGUUUAGAGGUUAAUGAACGCCCUCUGGAAGACCAGUUGGAAAACUGGUGCUGUCGUCGCUGCAAGUUCUGCCAUGUGUGUGGGAGACAGCAUCAGGCCUCCAAGCAAUUGUUGGAGUGCAACAAGUGCCGGAACAGCUAUCACCCAGAGUGCCUGGGACCGAACUACCCAACUAAGCCCACCAAGAAGAAGAAAGUGUGGAUCUGCACCAAGUGUGUUCGCUGUAAGAGCUGUGGGGCGACAACUCCAGGCAAAGGAUGGGAUGCACAAUGGUCCCAUGACUUCUCUUUGUGUCACGAUUGUGCCAAACUCUUCGCUAAAGGGAACUUCUGCCCCCUCUGUGACAAGUGCUAUGACGACGAUGACUAUGAAAGCAAGAUGAUGCAGUGUGGGAAGUGUGACCGCUGGGUUCAUGCCAAAUGUGAAGACCUCUCUGAUGAGAUGUAUGAAAUCCUCUCUAACCUUCCGGAGAGCGUGGCUUACACCUGCAUUAACUGCACUGAACAGCAUCCUCCCGAAUGGCGGCUGGCCCUCGAGAAAGAACUGCAGCUUUCUUUAAAGCAGGUUUUGACAGCCCUGCUGAACUCUAGAACGACCAGCCACUUACUGCGUUAUCGGCAGGCAGCCAAACCUCCUGACUUGAAUCCUGAAACAGAAGAAAGCGUACCCUCUCAAAGUUCUCCCAAAGGCCCAGACCCUCCCAUACUUACAGAGGUUGGCAAGCAGGAAGAACAGCCACCACUCGAUCUAGAAGGCGUGAAAAGGAAGAUGGACCAAGGAAGCUAUUCUUCUGUGUUGGAGUUCAGCGAUGAUCUUGUUAAAAUAAUCCAAGCAGCUAUCAACGCGGAUGGAGGGCAGCUGGAACUCAAGAAGGCCAACAGUGUGGUGAAGUCCUUCUUCAUGAGGCAAAUGGAACGAGUUUUUCCAUGGUUCAAUGUAAAGAAGUCAAGAUUUUGGGAACCAAACAAAGUCACGGCAAACAGUGGAAUGCUGCCGAAUGCUGUCCUGCCCCCCUCCCUUGACCAUAACUAUGCACAGUGGCAGGAGCGCGAAGAAAACCGUUCUGCUCAGCAACAGCCCCCUCUGAUGAAGAAAAUAAUUCCAGCUCCAAAACCCAAAGGGCCAGGAGAGCCAAACUCUCCCACGCCACUGCGUCCUCCUGCCUCACCCUUAUCCAGUCCCGACAGAAGCCAAGAUGACAGCCUAGAACUUUCCCCUCCUCCGGAUGUGGAAGACAACCGGCAGUGUGCUCUUUGCCUGAAGUACGGUGAUGAUGGAGGCAACGAUGCUGGCCGUCUCCUUUAUAUUGGCCAGAAUGAGUGGACCCACGUGAACUGUGCCCUGUGGUCAGCUGAAGUGUUUGAGGAGGAGGAUGGUUCCCUGAAGAACGUGCACGUGGCUGUGAUUCGUGGGAAGCAGCUGCGAUGUGAGUUCUGCCAGAAGUCGGGUGCCACAGUCGGCUGCUGCCUGGCCACUUGCACCAGUAACUACCAUUUUAUGUGUUCUCGGGCCAAAAAUUGUGUCUUCUUGGAGGAUAAGAAGGUGUACUGCCCACGGCACAAGGAUUUGAUCAAAGGGGAGAUAGUGCCAGAAAAUGGCUUUGAGGUCUUGAGAAGAGUCUUUGUGGAUUUUGAAGGAAUUAGCUUGAGGCGGAAGUUUCUGAAUGGUUUGGAACCAGAGAACAUCCAUGUGAUGAUUGGGUCGAUGAGCAUUGACUGUCUCGGCAUCCUGAAUGACCUUUCUGACUGCGAAGACAAGCUCUUUCCAGUUGGAUAUCAGUGCUCCCGGGUUUACUGGAGCACAACUGAUGCUCGAAAACGUUGUGUUUACACGUGCAAGAUCAUGGAAUGCCGUCCUCCUCUCCUAGACUCUGACAUCAACAGCACCAUGGAACAUGAUGACAACCGGACCAUUGUCCACAGCCCAGUGUCACUUUCAGAAAUUCCACCCAGAGAUGGUCGUGCAGCAUCAGCUGACCUAAACCCUCCCACGGCAGAUCUUUCUCCACAUCCUCAGAACUUCAAGGCUCUGCGGAUCAGAACGCCAAGUUUUGCUCCUUCCCAGCGAACUCCGGGUUCAAGGCCAUUGCCUUCUGCAGGAAGCCCUACCCCUGUGACACAUGAGAUCGUAACUGUGGGAGAUCCUCUGUUAUCCUCUGGACUUCGGAGCAUUGGCUCCCGGAGGCCCAGCGCAUCUCUGUUUUCACAGCCACUGAGGUCUUGGAUGCUGCCUCCCACCAGAGUUGGGGCCACUAAUGCUCAGCACAGCACCAUCUCUUCAGGACCCAGCAGGAGUCCCAUCCCAGAGCACAGCGUGAGCAUCAAACAUACCGAACGCUCUAUGGGACCAGCAGCCUUGCACGUUGCACUGCAGGACACAUUUGCCCCUCCCAGUCCGGCCAUCCUAAGCGGAGGCAGAGGAGCUGCUCCUCGGGAGGGAAUCCUCUCCUUUGAAACUGUGCCUUCUGGAGGGCCCUUUUCUGCCAAAUUAGAGAAGGAGAAGCUGCUGAGCCCCAAAGAUCCGAGUUCUUCCUGUGGGAAUUCAAAAACAGGCUGCCCUGGACAAAGUAUCUCUAGUCCAGAAGGAAACCCAAGCAAGGGAGGGAAGUACCUAGACUCCUCUUCUGGACUGCUUUCUCCCAAAGAAUCCAUAGUUUCUGCACUGUUGCAUCAGAACCCCCCAAAGAAGGAACAAGACCGGCAUCUAACACAGACAGACAAAAAUUGCUUUUAUGAAGCCCCAGAAGCAAAGACCUCACCAUUUUCAAGGAAUCAAUCUCCAUGCACAAACGAUUCAGUGUCUGUGGGUAGAGAGAGGAGACAAAAAAUGAAGAAGGGGACAAAAGAGAGACAUUCUAGUAAGCUUUUUAGAAGUUUAAGUGUCCUCCCAAGUAGCCACAAAGAAUGCGCAGAGACAGAAUUUGUUCAUCGGGCAAUGACAUCUGAGCAUAUUCUUCAGCAGCAAUAUAACAGCAUUGCUGUUGAGAAACUCAUUGACAAUAGCCUCCUUGGCCAGGAGACAUCCAAAACUGCUUUCCAGGGUGAAAUGGCCACCUCCAAGGAUUUGCAGAAUUCACAGAAGCGCACAGUAAAAGUAACCCUGACUCCGCUCAAGAUGGAAGGUGAGAGCCAGUCCAAAAAUGUUCCGAGAGAACACAAUGCAGAAUCUCAGCCAGGGGUUUGCACAUCUGUGCCCCAGUCGGCUUCCAUUCUAGAGCACUCAGGAAAUGACUGUAUUGUCCCAGAAACGCAAAGCUCUGCUUCCUCCUCAAUGGCCACAAGUGAUCCCCCUUAUCCAAAUCUGCCUGUUCAAGACAGCAGCUUGAUGAUCCAGGAUGGAGCCAAAGAACAGGAAGAUGGGUCCUACAAGCGGCGAUACCCUCGGCGUAGUGCGCGUGCCAGAUCCAACAUGUUUUUUGGUCUGACACCUUUGUAUGGUGUGAGGUCAUAUGGUGAAGAAGACCUUCCCUUCUACAGCAACUCCACCGGCAAGAAGAGAGGCAGGCGGUCUGCUGAAGGCCAAGUGGACGGUGCCGAUGACCUCAGCACAUCAGAUGAAGAGGACCUGUAUUACUACAACUUCACCCGAACGGUUGUCUCAAGCUCAGAUGAGCACAUGGCUUCUCAUAGUUUAUUCCGUGAAGAGGAACAGAUCAAUCUCCCCAAAAUCUCUCAGCUGGAUGGUGUGGAUGAUGGAACAGAAAGUGAUGCAAGCAUCACGGUAACGACGAGGAAAAUCAGUUCAGGAAACAAAAGGAGCGGCAAAGAAAAUGGAACAGAAAACUUAAAACUUGAACGAAGUGAAGAUAGUGGGGAGAAAAUGCAAGUGACCAAGAGUUCAGUUGGCCAUAAAACAGCUGAUCCCAAAAUGGAGAAUUGCCGGGUCAAAACUCAAGAUUCUUUGGAAGCUCAGCUGAGCUCCCUAGAAGCUGUUGGUCGUCGUCCUCGUGCCAACACGGAGCCCUCUGAGAAGAACUUGCUGGAUACAUUCAGCACAGAACUGCUGAAGUCCGAUUCCGACAAUAAUAACAGUGACGAUUGUGGGAACAUUCUUCCUUCAGACAUCAUGGACUUUGUUCUGAAAAACACCCCCUCGAUGCAGGCCCUGGGGGAGAGCCCGGAGUCGUCGUCCUCGGAGCUCCUGACUCUGGGAGAAGGACUGGGGCUCGACAGCAAUCGGGGCAAAGAUAUGGCUCUCUUUGAAGUGUUUUCUCAGCAGCUGCCAACAGCCGAGCCAGUAGACAGCAGCGUCUCAUCUUCCAUUUCAGCAGAGGAACAAUUUGAGCUGCCCUUAGAGCUGCCUUCGGAUCUCUCAGUCUUGACUACUCGGAGCCCCGCAGUCCCCAGUCAGAACCACAGCAGACUUGCAGUCAUUCCAGAACCUUCCCUUGCCACCUCAGGGGAGAGAUCAAUGUUAACUCUCCCUUCCUCAGAUUCUGCUGAGAAGAGGGUGACGGUCACAGAAAAGGCUUCCUCCAGUGAAGCAGAGCCAACAUUGCUAAGCCCACGAGUGGCCCCAAGCCCCGAGGGCCCUCUGACCCCCGACCCUUUCAUUCAGGGCCACCUGGAAGCAGAGCACAUGGCCAGCCCGCCCUGUGGACCGAGGGAAGCUGGUCUCGGGGCUGGCCAAGAUCUGGCUGGCAGAAGCAGCGGGACCCCCAGCCUUCCCGUUUCUCCCUCCCUCCCGCUCCAGAACCCCAAAUAUGGGCCAAGUGCCCCUGACAAGCCCGGCCCGUCUCCCAUCUCAAAUGCUGCCGUGCAGACUGCCCCUCUCCACCUGAAGGCUGCUGCGGAAAAGCUCUUGGUGGUCAACCAGAAUAUGCAGCCUCUGUACGUCCUUCAGACGCUCCCCAACGGCCUCACCCAAAAGAUUCAGCUGACUUCUCCCAUCAGCUCUGGGCCAGCCGGGAUGGAGGCCGGGGCUUCUGUGCUGGGCCCAAUGGACACGGCCAGCCUUGCACUGGCUGCAGGCCUGAGCCCCGGCUUACCUUCCACCAGACCUCUCUUUCCUGCGGCCAGCAAAGGCCUGCUGCCCAUGCCUCAUCAGCAGCACUUGCAUUCCUUUUCGGCCAGCCCCUCCGGUGGCAGUGGCGGCGGUGGCGGCACCGGCAGCUUCCCAGCAGCCCUUGGCAGCGCUGCCUCGAGCCUUCUGAUUGGGGUCCAGCAGUUGCCUGACCCCGAGGUGAAUCCUAGGGCAGAUAUUGGGCCUGCAGUCACCCCCCCUCCUACUAGCCUGGGCAAGAAGCGGCCCAUUGCGCGCCUGCAUUCCCGAAGGGCCAAGAAGCCUGCUCCUUCUGCCGCUGCUCCUUCGGACCUGGCCUCAAUGAACUUCCCUCGGUCCUCCCCGCCUGGCCACCCAGGCCUGCUCGAUCUGGGAGCCGCGUGCCCUCGAACCGUACCCAGCAUGAUCAAGCGCUCCAAGCCAGGGGUCAUAUACUUUGAGCAGGCGCCUCUGUUGCCUCAGGAGGUGGGAACAGCUGCUGCAGAGGCAGCUCUUGGAGCAUCUCCCAGCAUAGCCUCCCCUCCACCUGGGCGGAAUGUGGCCCCCUUGCCAGCACCUACCCCCGGCCCAGUGGUCCCGCCCCACCUGUUGGGACAAGGGAACUCUGACGUGCCGGGCGUUUCAGAUAUGAGCUCCCUCAGCAGCCUGUUAAUCAAAGCCACUCGACAAGGGCUGAGCCUCCCGGAGCAGCCUGCUUCAGCGCCGCCGCCAGCUUCCAGGAUGUUUCCGUCGCACAAGGAGGUUUCGUUGGCCCAGUCUGCCUCUGCGGGGCCAGCAACGACUGCUGUAGCCACCGGCAUCUCUGUUUUGCCUCCCUCGAAGGCCGUGGGCAUGUCUGCCGAUCCUGGAAGCGCCUACCAGGCUGAGCCUCUCGCACAGCUUCUCGCUUGCAAGGCUGGGCCGGCCCACCCUCACCUGGACCUCCCCCCCUCACAGGCAACUCCCCUUUCAGACUUCCCCCAGCUGAUGGAUACGGCAGCCAUGGGGCGAAACAGAUCGGCCCCCUGUGUCCCCACAGCCUCUCCUGGGAGCUCCCCUUCUACCGUGCUGGGCUCCACCAGGGCCAAAUCCAAAGUCAAGCGCUUGCCGACCUCUUUGGGCAGCAAAGGAUCCGGGAAGAAACCCAGGGCACCUCCAUUCUGGAACAGCUUUCCUGGCCAGUGCGUUCCACCACAAGGCACGAGGGUGGCAGCCCAGGACCCAGGUGGAGGGCCCCAGCCCUUGAGGGUGCAGCCAGACGAGGCAACAGACAUCCUGCAGCCAGCCCACAAAUCAGCAGGGCCUUUACAGCCUCCGCCACCAGUGCAGCCAACACCAUCCUCUUCAAACGAGUUAGAGCGUCCAGAUUCCAAUGCUGAGGAGGAGGAAGAAGAGGAAGAAGAGGAAGAAAGCAGCUUUAGCUCCCCCCUCAUGUUCUGGCUGCAGCAGGAGCGAAAGCGGAAAGAAAGCCUUGCAGAGAAGAAGCCCAAGAAAGGACUGGUUUUUGAAAUCUCCAGUGAUGAUGGCUUCCAGAUCUGUGCAGAAAGUAUUGAAGAAGCCUGGAAGUCCUUGACAGACAAAGUUCAAGAAGCUCGGUCGAACGCACGCCUGAAACAGCUGUCCUUCGCAGGUGUGAGUGGGCUGCAGAUGCUGGGCAUUCUCCACCAUGCUGUUGUGUUCCUGAUAGAGCAACUCUGUGGAGCCAAGCAUUGCUCCAACUACAAGUUCAGGUUCCACAAGCCGGAGGAAGCCAAGGAGCCUCCCGUGAACCCCCACGGCUCUGCCAGGGCUGAAGGGCACCUCAGGAAAUCUGGUCUUGACAUGUUCAACUUUCUGGCUUCUAAGCAUCGUCGGCCCCCACAGUACAAUCCCAACGAUGAGGAGGAAGAGGAGGUGCAGCUGAAAUCUGCCCGAGGUUGCCAUCAAGCAGACUCUUCCUCAUCUGUCUUCAGGAGAGCGACCAGCAUGGAUCUUCCGAUGCCCAUGCGCUUCCGACACUUGAGGAAGACCUCCAAGGAGGCAGUUGGGGUUUACAGGUCUCCUAUCCAUGGACGGGGCCUCUUCUGCAAAAGGAACAUUGAUGCAGGGGAGAUGGUGAUUGAAUAUGCUGGCAAUGUGAUUCGCUCCAUAUUAACUGACAAACGCGAGAAAUAUUAUGACAGUAAGGGCAUCGGCUGCUACAUGUUCCGUAUCGACGACUCAGAAGUCGUGGACGCCACCAUGCAUGGGAAUGCAGCACGCUUCAUCAACCACUCCUGUGAGCCCAACUGCUACUCCCGAGUCAUCAACAUCGACGGGCAGAAGCACAUCGUCAUCUUCGCAAUGCGCAAGAUCUACCGUGGUGAAGAGCUCACCUACGAUUACAAGUUUCCCAUUGAAGAUGCCAGCAACAAGCUGCUCUGCAAUUGCGGUGCCAAGAAAUGCCGACGUUUCCUCAACUGAGCAGCUGAGCUGAGCCACACCAGUGGCCAGAGGAGAGCCAGGUGCUGGUGCUCCUCCACAGCCACAGAUGCGUUGGCUUGAUCUGGCAUACCCUGCUCAGAGCGAGGUGGAUGUUGGUGUGCUGUGGUGGGACUAAGAAAAUGGGAAUGUGGGCUGCAGCAACCAAGAUUGUGCUGAACCGGCACGAGCACCUGGCUGCCUCUUCAAGUUUGGAAUGUGCGCCCUACCCUCACCUUCCAGCUUGGGCUGGCAGCCGAGUGGUGGUUCUCCAAAAUUCCUGUGGCCAAGGCAGCAGUUUGGGCAAAUGAGCUUUCAGAGGCCAAGCAGACCUUUGGAGGAGGAGCUUCUGUCCCAGAGAACCGCCUCUCGUACUGAACGUUUACAACUGACCCUCCUCCACUGGCCCCGUCUCAGAAAUUUAGUGGCCCCCAAACUCGAAUUGGAGCAUCCCGGGCGCAGCUUGUUUCCUGAGGAGGAAAAGCGCUGGUCAGUCUGGCCGGAGCUGCUGUGGCAGCCGCUGGAAGAGCAGCAGCCACAGCAUUCGCAAAGGAGAUGAGGGAGCCUGGACUUGGUGAAAUCCAUGACCCUUUUCAAGCCUCUAGAAACAGUCCCCCUCAGCCUCCUUCAGUUGCACCAUCUCGAAUUAAGUCUUUGGAUUUUCCUUGGUUCUGUUUACAUUUUAGUAUUUAAAAAUUUUAUAAAUGUAAAUAUAUUUUGUAUAUUUUUCUAUGAGCAGCACUUCAUAGGAAAGAGCACUUAGGAGACUAUUUUUUCAGUCAUGGUUGCUUCUUGACUUAAAAAAGAAUCCAUUUUAAGGGUGAAUGUUUUAUUUUAAUAGGAUGGUCUUUCCAAGGUUGGGUCAGGAACAUCCUGAUUCUCCCUCAGGAGGGAAAGGAGAUUUUUCUGGGUGCUGCUUCGGCUGCCCCUUAAGAAGCGUUCUCCCAUUUUCUGGAGAGGAUGGAACCGUUUGGUGGGCCUUCCGUUCUCCAGCAGUCGACUCUCCCUGGAAACCGCCGGGAUUCUCUCUAACCUUCCCUCCUUCUCCUGCCUUGGUUCAGGCCAGAGAAGUAAACAUUCAGUUUCUCACCAGGCUGUGCCCUGGUCUAUCUUACUCUGGAGGCAAGACAGAUCAACUCUGCACAUCUCUUAGAAGGGAGCAGAAUCACGGCCUGCCCCAGCUAAGCCCCUCAGUGCAAAGCCCUGGCUUCUGCUACCGGGAACCCACCCACCCCUCUCCUGGAAAGUAGGAGUUGCUGCUUCUGACCGUCACCUUUGCUGUCCCAAGCUGGCCAGACCUUUGUACCCAUGAGGCAGUUCGGGAGAAAGAGGCACGAGUCAGGUGGGGUUAAAAGGGAGAGGCAGUUGCUGCCUAAAGCUGCUCUUUCCGUCUUGGCUGCUGGGUUGCUCUGUGGCUGCUAGAAAAGGCUGCUCCCUUUUCUCUGAAGGCUCCGAAUUUCGGCUCAAGCAAAAUUUGGUUGGGUCCCCCUUCACAGGCAUCUCUUCCUCCUCCUGUUGCUAACCUAGCUGUCCUGAGCAGCAGCAGAGCUGCUUUGGGCUGCUCUGAACCCCAGAAUGCUGCUGCUGCACCUGAGGGGGAGGCUGGGAGAGGCUGCCUCUCCAGAGGGGCAAGGAGAAGGGAGCAAAAGGAAGCUUCCUGGAAAUAUGAAUGUAUCUUUCUAAGAACUGACAGAUCGUGAGAUCGAAGAAUACUAAGUCAGUCCACCCUUUAGAGGUUUUAUUUUUUUUAAAGGAAAAGCGGGUCACUGCAAAGGGCUGGGCAAGAAUCUUCUCUUCUUUGUUGUGAAGCAAUACCGGGUUUUCAGUCAAAUUCAUCCUCUGUGCAGAAUCAUGUCAUUUGGCCAGGUUGUUGUUGGCUCAUCUCCUGCUCUUCCCCCCCCCACACGCCUGCAAGUUUUUAUGACUAUAAAUAAGGUAUCUAUAGGACUAAUAUCGUACUGCAUUGUGUCUUGAAGCCUGGCUUUGAAUUCCCUUUAACCCUUUAGAUAAUGGUUGUGUUACAGUUGCUGAAAAGGCAGGAAAAACAACACGCCAAGAGCUCCACGGGCAGUGGAUGCCGCCUCCACUGGACCCGGCUCCCAUUGCGGGGGGAUGUGGGGAGCUGUAUGCAGACCUCCCAGAAGUGAGGCUGGAGACUUGGCUGCUGUGGAUGCUCCUGACCUUCUGUGUUUAAUAGUCAAUCCUUGUACAACUUGCUUCUCUCCUCCGCCUCUUCCUUUUUGGAUUCCAGUUGGUGGAGCUCCUCGCCUGCAUUGUGCGCUUUCUGGUCUCUUAAUAAGGUCUUGCAGCUUCGCCUUCCCACCAAGAACUGUGCCCGUGGUGUUUCUUGGAUUCAGCGUCUUCAGUAGCUACAGGUAGUGAAUAAAUGUCUCAAGCCACUUUGCAAAAGCUACAUAAACAGGGCUCUGAUCCAUACAAAAAGCAACUUAUCAUGUAAAACCAAUUUCUCUUUUUUUCUUGUGUUCUUCCAAAAUGAGUUUUUUUUUUUUCUUUAAAAAGAGGAAAUGUGUUGCUUGUGCUGCAUCAGUGUUAAUUCCCUGUCAUUGUUACAGGGAUGAAGGAAGUACUUUCAAUAGUUUUAAGAAAUGACUGAAAGACUGAAUGUAAAAAUAAGUGUAUAUAGUUGUACAAAAAAAGGAGUUUUUAAACAUGUUUAUUUUCUAUGCACUUUUUUAUUUAAGUGAUAGUUUAAUUAAUAAACAUGUCAAGUUUAUUGCUUCAAAG